CACAUUGCUGCCGUGGACAACUUGCACGGUGUACCUGGAAUGUCCACUUUCAUCUUCGUCAACUGAUAACGUGACGAAAACUGAGAGUAACAGUCGUGGUUCUUGGAAGGACUCAACGCGCUCGCUGGCUACAGUCCUGCUGCCCGCCCGCCAGGCCUAUCACUCAACCUUCCAAGGCUCAUUCAUCUUGGUCGACUUAAACCGCCCGGCUUCACUGAUCAAAUCCAUCACCAGCUUCAUUCACCCUCCUAUUUACCUCACUUGACAACACAAAAUAAGACUUUCAUUCCCCGCCACAUACAUCCCCCCUCCCUUCCUCCCCAACCAUGUCCACCCCGCCGCCGCCAACCACCUCACCCUCCCCAAAUACAACCCCCCCCUUCCAGUUCCCCCCAGAAUACUCCUUCCCGCCCUUCUUCACCCGCCAGACCAACCUCACAACCCACCACGCCCAGCUAGUCAAGUGGUCAACCCUGGUGCUCGCCUACUGCCGCCACCACCGCAUCUUCAAGCUGUCGCUCUCCGGCAGCAGCACCAGCAGCAGCAGCACCGCCACGGCCGCAGGAACCGAGACAGCAGCGCCCGGCCCGGGACCCGGAACCGGAACCGGACCCGGAACCGGCUCGACGACCAACCCGUCCCUCGACACGUCCGAGCUGUUUUACAACAGGCGGAUCAACCGCCGGCUGAGCCUGGCCGACAUCCGCGAGGUGAUCGACUUCCUGCGGCGGGACGGCCGCGCCGAGUACGUGGCCGGCGGCGGCAGCAGCAGCAGCAAUGGUAGUGGUGGGGGCUUCGACGGGGCGGGUGGUGGUGGUGGUGGCGGCGGGGAAGGAGACGUAGCGUGGAUCUACUGGCGGACGCCGGAGGAGUGGGCAGCGCUGGUGGAGGGGUGGGUGGAUGCCACGGGGCAGCGGGGCAGCGUGCUGACGCUGUACGAGCUCGUCGAGGGGGACGGGACCAGGGGGGAGGGUAAGUUGAACCAUCACCUCAUCGUCAUCGUCAUCGGGAGGGAGUUCACACACGGAGAGAGGGAGAUUUGCUGACUCGACGGACUGAUUUGGGGGAACAGAAUUCCAUGGGCUGGAUCAGGAGUUGCUGCUCAAGGCGCUCAACGUGCUCGUCAAGCGCGGCAAGGCGCAGGUGUUCGGGCAGGAGGAUUCACGGGGUGUUAAGUUCUUCUGAUUAAUACCGACAGCGCGCUU